UUAGCUCAGCUGAUUUGUGCGGCUAGUCUUGCGAACAUAAACUACAAUUCCCAUCAGCCUUUGUGGCGACACAAUGCACAUCAUUUGCGCUUCAUUAUGUUGCAUCCUGAAUCCUGACUUUUUCGGAAAGUGAAAGAAAUAUCCAGCGACCAAAACCACGUAAACGCACAGAAUGUCACAAUAACAGUUUCCAAACUUGCAUCAUGUGAUACCUCUGGGAUUUCAGACUGAGUAAUGGAGAGCCACAGAGAUCCACUCUGUGACAUCAAUAGAACAAGUGUUUGCACCCUUAAAACUAAAAAAAAAAAAACCCCACCAAGUCCAGAAGAUUCUCACUUUGAGGGAAAUGAGAAACAGACAACAUGCACAGGAGCGACAAUAGAGGAAGUUGGGAGUUUCAACCUGAGGACACCUUAACAGAGGAGACUGGUAAUUUUCCAUCUACUUUGGCCCAGGCGAACUUCAGUGAUGCCCUAGGUCUGGCUUAUAUGAAUGAAGAGAUAAUGUCAGAGAGUUGGAGGCAACACAGGAAGCAUGUGUUUGUGCUGAGCGAGGCAGGGAAGCCCAUCUACUCACGCUAUGGCAAUGAGGAGGCCCUCUCCUCCACCAUGGGUGUCAUGAUGGCGCUGGUCUCCUUCGUCCAGGCUGGAGGCAACAUGAUUCAGUCUAUUUUUUCAGGAGGGCAAAGGCAGGCAUUGGACGGCCGACAGCAUGAAGCUGGGAUCAGAAUCCAUGACAUCGAGAAGGCCGUCCAGAACCUUCUCCGAACCAAACAGCAGACGCCGCAGGUCAAAGUUCUUGCGGCGCUCAAAGAUGCGGUUUAUGCUGGCCUGCAAAGCCAUCACACCGAUAACCGACUUGUCUCCGUCGUUCAGGAGAAGACGGUUCUGGAGGACGCUAGACUAAAACCUAGUGACCUUCAUCUCCUCUUCAACCUGAUCAGGGCCUCUGCUUUUCAGGCUGGAGAGAUAUGGAUGCCCAUCUGCCUGCCUCUGUUCAAUCACGACUGCUACUUUUAUGCUUAUGUGGCAUAUCUAGACCCUCCAGAAUGUACUGUAUGCCUUGUUCUUCUGUCUACAGAUAAAGAAGCAUUUUAUGCCGUAGCAGAGUGCAAAAGGAAAAUUGAGGAAGCUUUUGCAUCCCAGAAUGCCUUGCAGUGGGUGGCAAACACUCAGUUAUAUUAUGUUGAUGAUAUCAGUGUAGCUAAUCUUAGGCACUUCCUUUACAAGCCCUCAAAAGUGCUAGACCACCAUCGCCAGCUGCCACAGUUCACAUGCCCAGAGAUGGAGGUGGGAUACAGAAGCCAGGAAGAGAGGAUACGCCUGCUGGAUCUGUAUCGCAACAUGCACAAUCGUAUCCACAGUACAUCACGACCACUUAAACUCAUCUACCAUUCUGCAGGCAAAGAAACUCUGCUGGCAUGGGUCACAAGCAAGUUUGAAAUGUUCGCCUGCUUUACUCCACUCGUCACUAAGAAAUCAGCUAUCAGUGAGCUCACUAAACUGUUGCGAUGGAUCAAAAAGGAAGAGGACCGUCUCUUUAUCUGUCACCUCCCAAAAUACUCCACUGCACCGCAGCCCGGCAGGAGCUCCACAGACAGGGGGAGUUCAGCUAGACCGAAUACAUCAGACACUGGACUUCUGUCUCUCUUGUAGCCUUGAGUAACAUACCGGCCAACACACAAGUUGCUGUUUUACUUCCAUGUUUUAUGGUCAGUUCUGUGGGUUAUGAAAUGGGAAAUGUGGCUGCAGUGAAUAUACUGUACGUACGGUUUGUUUGUGGGCUCUUAGGUGGCGUGUUAACUAAAUGCAGUUAAAGUUCUCCAAUUCAUGUUAAUUUUUCAGCUCAACAUUUCAUGCAUUGUUCUGCUGAUAGCAUAAUUUGUAAUGUCAGGCUAUUGUAAUAAAUUAGUAGAAAUUAGAAAAUCAUACAUUUGGCAGCAGUAAUAUUUUUUUUUUAAGUGUCUUAGCAAGGCUGCAUUUAUUUG